AUAAUAAAAAGUAUCAUGUCGGAGGAGUUUCAGUCCCCCUCCGUCUCGUCCUCCGCCCGUCUCGACGACAUUAUGGAAGACUUAACUCGAGAAGGCACCGAGAAGGCCGCCGCCGCCGCCGCCGACUCGCCGCCUCUCAAACCCGGGGCCGGCGAUGCGCCCGUCUUCCCCCCCACCACUCCUCCGCCGGUGCCGGCGCCCAGGACCUUCGAGCCCGCAGACAGCUAUGGCGGGAGCAGCGACGAGUCGCCCCCGCCUCUGCCCGCCAGGAGUCGGCCAGAGCCCGACUCCACCUCGGUGCCCGCUGCUCCCUCGGAGAUGGCCAGGACGCGCCCAGAAUCAAUGGACGAACCCUUUUUUUCUCCCUCUGUUACACCUGAAUGUGUCAUACAGCCUGCAGACUUUUCUAUCAACUUGAAAGAUCAGCCAUCUAGCGGUGAACCUGUGAGCCCACAGGAUGCUGCAGCUGUGCAUGUUGAACCUGUUCCUGUCUUCUCUAUAUCCUCCUUUUCUUCUAUUACUGAAUUAACAAUGUCUGCACAAGCAGUCCAUGCUGAUGAUGUUAUGCAAACUGAAGUUCCUGCAAAUACAAUUUUACCUUCAAUUUCUGGUUUUGUGGAAAAUACAGUGGAUAGACAAGCAGCAGACAAUUUAGAAAUGGCUCACACUCAUGCUCAAGAGGCACAGGUGAAGCCAGCAAUAAGAAAAGCAUCAGAAUUAGACACUCUAAUUUCUGUUGAUGAAUGUUCAGUUCAGUACAAUGAACAGCAGUGUGUGGAGUCAAAUGAAAGUGAACUUAAAAGGACUAUAUCUUCUUUGCUUGAAAAAACAAUGAAUGAACAAGACACAAUAGAUAAGGAAGGACUUGUGAUAAACAAUAAGAACACAACCAUAGAAAAAAUUGAAUUGGCGAAUAAAAGGGAUGAUGAGUUGGGACCUCAUUUAGACUUAAUAUACGAGAAAAAAGCAGGUGCGUUACCUUUAAACAGAAUUGUUGAGGAAAAUGAAUCCAUGCAUGGCAUUUUCGGUUUCAAAGAGCAAACAAAACCAACAGACAGUGGUCUCAACUUUUGUUAUGGACACCCUUUAGAAAUAAAGGAAAGCAAUGAGCUGAAUUCUCGUACAGCUGCUACCAAUGAUGCCAAUAAAGCCAGUACUAAUGUACCCGCAAUGUCAGAGAGUGCUGUGCUUCAAGAUCACAAUUUUUUGGACAUUCUACAUGAUACUGAAAAGAAAACUAUAGCUAAAGGAAAUGUGAAGCUAGAUUAUACAGAUGUGGACUCUCUUUUGGAAUUGUCGGAACAAGAUGGCAAACUGUCACCAACUGAAACAUAUUUUGCUCUUUCACAAAUUUCAGUUGAAGAUGAACCUCAAACAUGCAUUUCUUACGCUGCAUUUGAUUCAUCCGACAUGUUAAUGUCUUCACAGUCUGACCACUUCAGCCAUGAAAUGAUUUCUGCAUAUGAUGCUACUUCUAGAGGAAAAACUGAAUGGAAAGAAACCUCAAAGUUGCCUUUACCUUCAACUGUCCUUGAGUCAGAAGUGACCACAAAGGAUGAAGAUGAAGCAAAACCUGUCUCUCCGAUAGAUUCUGGAAACAAACUAGUUUCUAAAUUAGAUGCAACAUCUGCUUCUGAAAUGAAUUCACAAAUAAAUUGUGGUUUAGCAGUUGUGCCAGAUCAGUUAAUAAAAACUGAUAUUUUGGCUGAAGAUAUGAUCUCGGAACAAACUGCUCAAAAUUUUGUGCUAGACCAAUCGCAAGCAAUCUCGCAAAUUGAGUUGUGUGAGGUGGCUGUAGGUGUUGAAACAUCAGAAGAUUUCUUUACAAUAGAAACAACACAAUCUAAGCCAGAGGUGCUCAAACCUUUUGAACCACUACUGUCUACCUUAGAACAGUGUACUGUAGGCAUAUCUGAAAAAGUACAGGGUCUAUCCGACCAGCCUGUAAAGACACCAAGUCGUACAGAUACAGGUGAUGUUGAAGUUAUCACAGAUCCUAGGUAUGUGAAAGUACAGUCUCUUGCUCAAAAUGAGAGUAAAGUGCAUCCUGUGUACGCUUCUAUGUAUGAUGCUGCAAGUAGCACUCCAGAAGUAACAAAAAUACAGCAUUUGUUUGAGGAUCAGAAGAUUGUGCAAAAUAGAGUUAGUGAGGAUCCUGUAGUCAGCCUAGAGCAAAUUCCAAUUCUUCAAGAAUCAAAUUUAUCACAGCACCUGUGUAGUACCAAUAAAGAGUCGGUAAUUAAAGAUGAGGAUCUCUAUAAACAUUCAGGAUACAAAGAGUCAAAUAUAUCUCAAAGUACAAAUAAAUCAAUAAAUGAUUCCAUUAAACAAGAAUUAAUAUUAAGUAAGUUUGAGGAAGAGACUUGCACUCCAACAUCACUUACUCCAAAACAAGUCUCAGCUAACGCAUAUGUAACAGUGAAAAGACAAGAUGUGGCUUUAUGCAAUGAAAUUAUCAGCAACAAAUUUGAACCAAUAAUGGGAGCUUUGGGUGAUUUAACAGAGGGAAUGAAGCCUUUUGAAAAAAUGUUGACUGAUUACAAACAAUGUUCACUUAAAACGCCAUCACUCCAAGAUCAAAUUGAAACUCCCAUGCUAAUUAAAAAUGUGACUCAAGAUGAUCUGGCUGGCUCAGUAAAGGUUACAGACAAAACCAUGUUAGAAAUUAUGCCAAGCCUUCAGGAAGCUUCUGGAGAAUUGCUGUCCAGUUUACACAUGAAGGAGAAGUGUGCUGAAUCUAUUCAUUCUUUGAUUGAAGAUAUUAAUACAACAGUCCCACCAUCAGUGUUCAGUGCGGAUCUUUUAACUGUUGAUAAAGGGCAUCCUCUACAAACUUCUGCUGAAGAGACUUGUUUGAAUAUUUCCCAGCCGGUUACUUCGCCGCUUGCUUUUUCACAGGAUAAAUUUCCAGAAGGUUGGGAAAAUCUUAGUGAAAUGAAUAUUAAAACUGGCCAUUCAGAAAUAUUGGAGGAUGCACAGGGACAGAUGAUGCCUGUUGCUUCAUUUGCCUUGAAUGAGGAAGUAGCAAAAGCUUCAAAGGAGGUUGUUUCAAAAAUCUUAGAAACCAGUGUUGCAUUAACAGAAGUGCUAGGAGAGAAGGAAGGAACCAGACCAAUGUGUGUACCACAGCAGGAAGCAGAGAUCGCCUUUAUUGUUGAAGAUGAUGACAUGAGGAAGAAAUGUAUUCCUGUUGCAUUACUGAUGCCUGACUUGACAAUUGGUGCCAGAAACACUGGCAUACCGGGAGAUUCUGCUGAUGCUGUUAUUGCAGAUAUUUCAGUAAAGCAGGACAAAAAUUCAGUUGUGGACUUAAUCUAUUGGCGUGAUAUUAAGAAGACUGGACUAGUAUUUGGUGCAAGCCUCUUCUUGUUGCUGUCUAUGACCAUUUUCAGCAUUGUCAGUGUAAUUGCGUACCUUGGCCUGGCUGUACUUUCAGUUACUAUUAGUUUCAGGAUUUACAGAGGUAUUCUGCAAGCAGUGCAGAAGUCUGAUGAUGGACACCCUUUCAAGGCCUGCUUGGAGAAAGAUGUUGCUGUUUCUGAUGAAUUGGUACACAAGUAUAGUGAUAUUGGACUAGGACAUGUUAACCAUGUGAUUACUGAAUUAAGAAGGCUGUUUCUUGUUCAAGACUUGGUGGAUUCCCUGAAGUUUUCAGUGCUGAUGUGGCUGCUCACAUAUGUUGGUGCCUUGUUUAAUGGGUUGACUCUGCUGAUAAUAGCUCUGGUAGCAGUUUUCAGCAUUCCAGUUGUCUAUGAAAGGCACCAGGCUCAAAUUGAUCAUUACUUGGGGAUAGUAAGCAAACAGAUUAGAGAUGUCACCGCCAAGAUUCGAGCUAAAGUUCCUGGUCUGAGGAAGAAAACAGAGUAGUAUCCUGCCCUGCGUUUCAUGGCAUGUUGUCUGCAGGGCUAUCACUCGAUUGUCACAGGGAGGGUUGGGAAGAACAAAAUAGCCUUGGAACUGCAGUGUAAUUUGCAAAUCUUUUACAUUUUGGUAGUAACUGAAACAGUGUUUAACUGCAGUCAUGAUCUAUUAUAUCUCAAAUACUAACGUACAACAUUUGAAGUCAGUUUAUUUAUCUGAUAUGGUACAGAAAACACUGGUUUGUAUUAAAGAUUUGAGAAGCUGUACAUUGCACUUGUCAGGGUUAGUGUCUUAUGUGUAACAAAUCAUGGUGCAGUAGGAGUUUUGAGUAUUCCCACCCUCCACCCCAUCCCCAGUUUGCACACUGUAGAAUCUAUGCUGUGAGGUUGUUGCAAAUUUCUAACCCCUGAUGAUUAUAUUUACUGUACCAUUUUAGUGAUAUUGAGGUCUUGCUUUUCUGACAAAUCCUUCGCUGUAUUAAGAUUUUACUGUUUUAACAAUUACCAGUUAGUGUUUCACAGAGCUGAUUUCAUCAGCUCUACAGUGCUUGAUGUUUCAGAGUUGGCUGCAUUUUAAAGAUGAAUCCACAUUGCUGAAACAUGCAGAAUAUUACAUUAAUCACAUUAAUGUACAAUCAUUAAUUUCAUCUAUAGCAAAAAUAUGAACAAUAGCAAAUUUAACUGUACUGCUGAUUAUUUGUGGACUGUAUUUAAUGCUACAAAUAAAUGUAACUUGGAAAUUUCAAGCAUUGUCGGAUGCACAGAUGAGGCAAUGAACAUUGCAUUGUAAAUUGGGCUCCGGCUUUCGUCUGGGGAAUGCAGUGUGGAAUAAAAAUGAAUAAAGCUUA